AUGACAGAGUCAACUCGUGUGAGCGAGCAAGAGCUCGAACGACGAGAAUCGUACAUCCGAGCUAAUCACAUUCAAAGAAACAUUGCUGAUCCGUUUACCUGGCCAUACCAAUGGAAGGGAGCCGGUGUUAUGCUUGGACUUUCGCUUGCUGCAGCCUUUUUACACAAUAGAUGGAACAAAAAGCCGUAUUAUUACGCAAUUAUCCCGCGAACUGUGUUGAUCGCUGCUGCAACUGCCAUAGGAUAUGGAGCAGGAGCUCUUCGUGUUAGACAUUACCAAACAAGAGAUGCUGUCAUCGAACAUUACAUGCAACUGCAUCCACAAGAUUUCGAUCACUUUAGCGACAAGAGUGGCCGUCCAUUCUCGCAGGUUCUUCUUCCAUGGUACCCACGUCGUACUCAAUACACUAAAUACGACUAA